AUGGGACGAACAUUUCAAUUUGAUGUAGAGGAUUCAACCACAGUUCAACAACUUAAACAACUCCUUCUUAAUAAAUCAUCUAUUAAAUAUGAUUUAGAAAAAAUGUAUUUGAUCAAUAUACAAAAUAGAGAUGUACUGCUCAAAGAUGAGGAAACUCUUGGGUAUUAUGAUGUGCAAGAUGAUUCUGAAAUACAAUUGCAUGAUCUUACCAAAGUAACUCGUAAUUUCGGCACAAUAGGAUUGAGAUUCAUCGAUCCUAGUGAUACUAAAAGUUUUAAACGAACUCCAUGGGCAACAGAAGCUCCGAGAUGGCGAAUAGCUGGACGUGGUUUGUGUCUAGAAGGUAUCUGUGACAAUCCACAAUGUGAGGCUAACGGAACGCAAGUUAUCAUGAAUAUCGGUUAUACAACAUUUGAUAUUGUAGCAGAUACAGAUGCAACUACAACCAAAUGUCCAAUAUGUGAUAGUUUUGUUGAACCAAUAACAUGUGGAUUUAAUAACUGUUGGUGGCGAUAUGAGGGUAAGAAAAAAGAACAACAAGGUAAUAAUAAAGCACCAAUAAAAUGUUCUUCUGAUUGGCAACAAGCUGAUGAUGCAUAUCAUUAUUUUGAUCAAGAAACGAAUUCAUCAGUUACGUGGACACAGUUAAAAUUUGAAGUUGUUAAAAAUACAUGA